GUUGGCGUGCUGGCCGUGCUAGGGUUCCCAACCAGGUAAGAACCAGUAAGUAACGAGUUAUGUGGAGUCAUUAGGAAGUAGUAGGUAAAAGGGAGGUAUAUUUUAUAUGUUUAGGCCUAAUGGCUUCUUACAUCUUCCCCUAUUCUCUUGUAUAGUUCUUUGUGUUAUCAAGACACCAAGAGCAGGAGCGACCCUGAGUGAGUUGUCAACGUGAUGCGUGGUUCCUAGGCGACGGGGAGUCGGGGACGAGCCGUGGCGCAUCAUACAAACAAGCGCACUGAGCAGUAGUUCCCUAAUUUGCAUGACCACCACAGGCCAUUAGUACUUUCAUGGCCUACGUAACAGCCACACCACCGUCUUCACCAGUGCCUCUAGUCCAAUCUCUAGUCACUAACCAAGGGAGCUUGAGAAUUUAAGUUACUUUUCACGAAUUCGGUGUUCUAGACGUGGUCAUAAGAUGGAGCCCUCCAGAGACCAGUGUGCCUUUUACUAUACCAAAGAUGAUAUUGAAAACCUUCAAAUCAAAAUUACCCUGCAGCAACUCACCGGAUCACAAUUGGUGGCUGUGUCCCCUCGGGUGGUAGAGGACACACAGGCAGGCAGGCAGAAUGAGGUGCCACUUGCUUCCCUGACCACAGCAGCCACAUAUCCCACCACACACCAUGUUACUGUCAAGUGGCAGCAAAAGAUACUCAGUGUGUGUGAGGCUCUGGAGUACCGACGGUCCAUCUAUGCCAAUGACCCAAAGUACAGGACAAGGCACAAGCAAGCCAUAAAACGACGAAAAUACCAGCGCAUCUUUACCUACGUACAUGAGGAUAAUUAUCAGUUGCAGGAGCAGCACAGUGCCACCACUUCCAAAAAAAUGGAACAAGAGUGCUGUUUACGGCAGAGAGCUAACAGGACCAGGGGAAAUGACUCUGUUGACUCAGAAGAAGUUAGUGAAAAAAGUAGUGUGGUGGCCAAGGAGGACAAGAAGAAGAGGCCUCCCACCACCUUCCAGCAGCAGUACCUCUACAUCAUGGCAGAUCUUGCUCCUCAGGAGAGUCUUGGUGAGAGUCGUGUUUAUGAGACUGUCCUGUGUGUCCUGAAGUAUGAUGGCCAGAGUCAGCUAACAGUCACACCAGACUUCAACAUGCCCACCACCAAAGCCUACAGACUGGAAAGUUUUGGCCCUGAUAAUGCAUUAUAUGAGUACCAGAUUGAGAAUGUUUCCCUGACCCGCUCAGCAGAGGAAAGGAACCAAGAGGAGCAGCUGGCAAACCAGAUGGCAAGACAGAGGAUAGAAGAGAUUCAGCAAAUGGCAAGGCUUGAUUGGGAUACUGAAGGGCAACCAGGGCAAGGAGAGCUGCGCCUCAUGACUGUGGGAGAGAUCACCAGAGCCCUUUACUUCCCAGAGGCAUCUUCUCUCUACAUCCACUAUGCUCUCUACUUGCCUCCAGGGUGGAGAGUAAAUCCAGGAACAGAAUGUGAGGGCUUCACCCCAACCUGCUGGCUGAGUCACAGUGAUGAAGUCGCAGCAGCACACUUCUCCACUCCUUUUUCCCUUGAUGUCACUCGCUCUUCAUCAGGGAAGGGUUGGCCACUGUUGCUUCUGGCGGCUUUUUCCCUAGACUGGUUUGGGCAUGACAGAGAUGAAGGAUAUGCUGCCUUUGCUCUUCCAGCCUCAGGUCCACAUGACAAGCACCAGGUGAAGGAUGGAUUGUAUCAAGUGGGCACUUGGAGGCCAGCACAGAUAUCCCCACUAGCCAAGAUGCGCAGGUUUUUUCUGGGAGGCUGUCAACUGAUGAGUGAUCCUUCCUACCUUGCUGUUGGGGCUCAGGCCAGCUCUCAGGUGGGGAGAGUGAGCCGCUUGGGUUUCAACACUAACACCAGUGGCACAAUAGAACUGCGGGCAUCCACUGUGGUGCAGGCAGACUUCAUUGGAAAAGAUUUACAGACACCUCUUGAAAUGCCUCCUGGGUGGCAGCUGUCCACAGUUGCUGUGAUAGACGCUUUCAACAAAUCAAGACAAAAGCUUCGAGCAGCUAAACAAGGACUUCUCUGAACAGUUGAGUAUGUAACUUUCACCAAAAUAUAGUACAUCACUAAGGCUUAGUCCACACACCAUACAUGUAAGUUUCAGGUAACUGAUUAUGCAAGAUGCCAAUUUUCACACUCUUAUGAGAGGAUUAACCAAGGCUCUUAUAACUGUUCAAGGAAGUUGCUCAUGUGGAAAGUACCUGAAUGAGAAUUUGUGAUAUCAGUCAUGGUAUCUGCUUUAGAAGUUACUGAAGAAAAGGGAAACAGAAUUUUAAACAGAAUUGUAAACUAUAUUUAUUAAUUAUAGUAGUCUCAUACAUAGAAAACUUCAGUAUUAACUUAAUGGAAAAUAUUGGAUUUUGUUUCACAGCAAGAGUUUCAUGUGGCAAAUAUUAGUUUUAUUAUGAUAUAGAUACUGGAUAUUUUCAAUAUUAUCCACACUUAGCCAGCUCCUAAAUCCAGUGUAUAUUGAGUUUCCAAGCUUUCUAAUGUAAUGCAUUUCAUAUAACUUAUAAGUGACUUUGUACAAGCAAAAUACUCUCCCAGCAUGUAGUCUCAUCUUGUUACCACAAGCCACAACCCUCCUAACUAUCAGUGAAUUUUGCUUUCCUCUUCUCAACAAAUGCAGUCAUGCCUUCUUUGCGAUCAUUCUGGAAAAUAAAAAAUUUUAUUUGUAAUUGUAUUAUAAUGUGUGCAUACUUUCCCAGUGCCGAAGCUACAUUCAAGAAAUCUGUAAAACAUAUUAACUGAAAUGGUGAUGCUGCUAUUGUAGCAAAAAUGGUGCUUUGGUGCUUGCUUGCAUCACUAUAGAGAGUGGGAGAAAGGAAGACAUAUUAGUAUGUGUAUGUGGCCAUCCAAUGGAAAAGCUGAUUCAGCAUAUAAAAGUGGUAAAAUUCAA